GCUGCCGCAGCGGCGGCUGGUCUUAGCUUAGUUUAGCUUGGCUGCUGCAGGAGAUUCCCGGAGCCCGGACGAGAGGGAGGGAAGGAAGGAGCUGCAGAACGAUGGAGCCCCGGGGGUUGGCUCAGCUGCUGCUUCUCUUCUGGAUCAACCUGGCUGCAGCCUCCAUCCAGGAUGAGCUCUGUGAAAAUCUUUCUCCUGUCAGCAACAUCACCGGUCUCCAGUGCAAUGCCUUAGUGGACCUGAUUGGGACCUGUUGGCCUCGCAGUGCUGCAGGGCAGCUGGUGGCCCGUCCCUGUCCUGAGAAUGUCUUCGGAGUGCGAUACAACACCACUAACAACGUGUACAGAGAAUGCUUUGUGAACGGGAGCUGGGCAGCCCAUGUAAAUUAUUCCCACUGUCAGGAGAUCCUUAAUGAGGAGAAGAAAAGCAAGCUACACUAUCAAGUUGCGGUUGUCAUCAACUAUCUUGGCCACUGCAUCUCCCUGGGGGCCUUGCUAGCUGCUUUUGUCCUCUUCAUGCGCCUGAGGAGCAUCCGGUGCCUGCGAAAUAUUAUCCACUGGAACUUGAUCACUGCCUUCAUUUUACGGAAUGCCACUUGGUUUGUGAUGCAGCUGACCAUGAAUCCGGAAGUGCAUGAAAGCAAUGUGCCCUGGUGUCGCCUUGUCACUGCCGCCUACAACUACUUCCACGUCACCAAUUUCUUCUGGAUGUUUGGUGAGGGCUGUUAUCUGCACACAGCCAUCGUCCUCACCUAUUCUACUGACAAGCUGCGGAAAUGGAUGUUCAUCUGCAUCGGCUGGUGCAUCCCUUUCCCCAUCAUCAUUGCUUGGGCCAUUGGGAAGCUCUACUAUGACAACGAGAAGUGCUGGUUUGGAAAGCGUCCAGGAAUAUACACUGACUACAUCUAUCAAGGUCCCAUGAUACUGGUGCUGUUGAUCAACUUCAUAUUUUUGUUCAACAUUGUCAGAAUCCUGAUGACAAAGCUGCGGGCCUCGACUACCUCAGAAACAAUACAGUACAGAAAAGCUGUGAAGGCCACCCUUGUGUUGCUUCCUUUGCUGGGCAUUACCUACAUGCUGUUCUUUGUCAACCCUGGUGAAGAUGAAAUAUCACAAAUUGUCUUCAUCUACUUCAACUCGCUCUUGGAAUCCUUCCAGGGUUUUUUUGUCUCUGUCUUCUACUGUUUCCUGAACAGUGAGGUCCGCUCUGCAGUACGGAAGAGAUGGCAUCGUUGGCAGGACAAGCAUUCCAUUCGUGCCCGAGUGGCAAGGGCCAUGUCCAUCCCCACAUCGCCAACUCACGUCAGCUUCCACAGCAUCAAGCAGUCGGCUCUUUGAGGCUGCACCCAGCCAGAGGGCUGAUGCUCCACGCCAAUGGUGGGGAUGGGGGCAUCGUGUGUCAGUUGCAGAGACCAGGACUCCGUUCCCCAAGAGCCAUGCCUCAGAAAAAUCCCCCAAGAAUGUUGGCCUCUUAUGUGUGAGCGGAUGCAUACUGGAAGCAGGCAGUUCCUUUGGCCACAACUGCACAUCUUGGCAGGAUUCAGCAGCUCUGACACCAUGGGAAGUUCAAGGCCUACAACCACAACAUUCCAGCCUUCUGCAAGGAGGUGUGGAUUACUUAGCUUUCUCAUGCCAUCUGGAGCUCUUUGUUUACUGACUGGAGAAAUGGACAUCAAUUCACAAGUGAUGUGGAAAGAGCAGGGGGCGAGGCACAUGAGAUGCACCCUCUCAAAAUGCAGAAACCUGGGGUGUGAUCAUCCACAUUGGAAUUGGUAGGCAGCCAGGUUUCAAGGAGGAUUCUUGUGGUGGCCUUGGAACCUCCUUGCCACAAGAAGCUGAGCAGGCCAUUAGCAAUAAGUGGCUUUUAAAAAGGGAUUUUUAAAAAACAGAGAUGUUGAUUGGUGGCUAAUAUCCAUAACAGCCAAAAGCACAAGCGCCAUAUCCUCUUCACUCCCUGAUGCUGGGAUUAUAAAGAGUAGGUGGAUACCACCAUUACACCCUGUUUGUGAACUUCCUUGGGACAUAUUUGACUACCACUGACAGGCAGAAUGCUGAGCUAGACCCAGAAGUGCUGUUCUGAUGUUUCUUUUUCAUUUAUUUCAUCAGCAGCAACAGCUGCCAAAGCAGGAGAUGGACCCUGGUGGACUCUCUGCUUUAACAAGACAACCCACCAGCUCUGAGGCCCACUCAGUAGCUGUUUGGUUAUGGGUCUACAGGAAGGACACUCCCACAACCAUAGUCCUGCUCCCAGGAAGAAUCCUUGAGCCCCAAAAUGUAGUGGGCUAUUGAUGCAUUUUUUCUGGUAUAUCUUAAUAAAGAAAAAUGCUGUCCCAA